GGUGGGGAGUGACGGCGCGGUGACGUCCUUCUUCUGCGACCCCAGUGAACACAGGGGCGGAAGCUUGGCCGCACUAAGGGGCGGGGUGGGGGUGGCUCGGCUCCGCCAGAGCCGCUGAGAACCCGACUUGCGGCGGACCGGGACUGGAGGCGAAUAACUUUAAAAUGACCACACCAAAUAAGACACCUCCCGGUGCUGAUCCUAAGCAGUUGGAAAGGACUGGAACAGUGAGGGAAAUUGGGUCACAAGCCGUUUGGUCACUCUCAUCUUGCAAACCAGGGUUUGGAGUGGAUCAGUUACGAGAUGACAAUUUAGAAACUUACUGGCAGUCGGAUGGCUCCCAGCCUCAUUUAGUGAACAUCCAGUUCAGAAGAAAAACAACAGUGAAGACACUGUGCAUUUACGCAGACUAUAAAUCUGAUGAAAGCUACACUCCAAGCAAAAUCUCAGUCAGAGUGGGAAAUAAUUUUCAUAACCUUCAAGAAAUUCGGCAACUUGAAUUGGUGGAACCAAGUGGCUGGAUUCACGUUCCUCUAACUGACAAUCAUAAGAAGCCAACUCGUACUUUCAUGAUACAGAUCGCUGUUCUAGCCAAUCACCAAAAUGGAAGAGACACCCACAUGAGGCAAAUUAAAAUAUAUACCCCAGUGGAAGAGAGCUCUGUCGGUAGAUUUCCUAGAUGUACAACGAUUGAUUUCAUGAUGUAUCGCUCAAUAAGAUGACUUCAAAGUGGAGCACAAGUUUUACCCUAUCGUUGCGUAUUGUUUCAAUUUUUUAAUUGAACAAGUCAUACAAUUUUGUCUACAUUUAAAAGUAUCUUAAUUUUGAUAAAUAAACAACUUUUUGGUCAUGUUGUCUCUAUUUUCCUUGACAUAUAAGGCUCACAUAUUUUACAUUGCUAAAAACGAAUUUGAAGCCAAUCUUUAUAUUCUUUUCCUUUAUUAAAAGAAAACAAGUUAAACUAGAAACUUCAAGAUGUGCAUACUUUUUACCAACGUGGUGGUAAUAUAAUAGUUGUUGACUAUUUGGGAACAAAACUGUUUUACUAAUAUAUGUGAAUUUUUUAGAGAUUAAUUUUUCCAUGUUUAUACUAUUAAUUUCAAAAAAUACACAUUACAUAACAUUUACUAUUGUUUAUUUCAAGGUGCAGCUCAGUAGUCUUGCGUGUCUUACAUUGUUCUGCCAUCCCGUCAUCUACUUACAUUGUUCUGCCAUCCCGUCAUCUACUUACAUUGUUCUGCCAUCCCGUCAUCUCCACCUUUUCCUCCUGUGAAACCAAAGCUCUACCCCUAGAGUACUGUCUGCGUUCUCACCCGUCACCUUCUGUGCCUGGGCAGCUACCGUUCUCCUCACUGUCUCUAUGAAUUUGAAUACCCCAAAUACCUCAAAUAGAAUUAUAUAGCAUUUGCAUUUUGUGAAUAGCUUAUUUUACUUAGUGUAAUAUCCUCCAGUUCAUCCACGUCAUAGCAUGUGUCAGAAUGUCCUUUUUAAAAAAAGUUUAUUUUAAAUAUUAUUUUUUAACUUUUAAAAUUAUUUCUGAGAAUUUCAUCCGUGAGUAUUGUCUUUGCGUUGUUUCCCUCCCUCCCCAUCUUCCAGCAGCUCCUUCCAUGUCUGUCCUCGUCUUUGAUGAUGAUUGACGCAUAUGUAUGUUUAUAAAUAUGUAUGUAUAAAUUUAUAAUAAUGUACAUAUAAAUAUACAUAUAUAUAUAUAUAUAUAUAUAUAUAUAAAAUGCACUUGGUCCAUGUAGUCGUGCUAAUGUGUACCUGUAUUUAGGGAUGUCCACUUGGGAUUAGAUAACCUCUCAAGGAGCUAGUCCCUGGAGAAAACUGAUCCCUCCUUCCGCAUACUCUGAUUGCUUGUAGCUCUUCAUCUAGAGGUGGGACCUGGUGACAUUCCCUCCUCCACUUUGGCAUGUCAACUGGUUUAGUCAUUAUGCAGAUGUUGUUAAACUACUACACUGUGGGGAUUUCAUUGAUACUGCUUCCCUAUCAUGCCUGGAAGGUCUAGCUGCACGUGUCUUGUCCCUCUGGCUCUUACAUUCUUUCCACCUCCCUUCUGCAGUGUUCCUAAGCCUUUGGUGUAGAAGCGCAGUGUUAGACCUGUCACUUAGGAGUAAGCUCCUCAGAGUCACUUCUUUGCAUUUGACCAGUUGCGAACUUUAUAAUCAUCUUCAUCUCUUGCAAAAAGUUUUGUUGAUGAGUGAUGAGAGGUACACUUGUCUGUAAAUAUAAGGAUACCUGUUUAGCAUACAGUGAGAAAUUAUGUUGGUCUAGAGAACUAACAAAAUUAGGUUUUUCUUUAGGAUGACCUCUCUCCAGCCAGGUGUACUUGCUUAUGUAAAUGUGUAUGUGUCUGGGGGGCAGUAUGUGUUUGUGCCCAUGGAGGUCAGAGGUGUUGAGUCCCCCUGGAGCUGGAGUUACAGGCAAUUGUGAGCCACCUGACAUGGGUGCUGGGAAUCAAACUCAGGUCCUCUGGAUGAGCCAUACGAACUCUUAACCACUGAACCAUCUCUCUAACCCCUAUAUAUAAUUUUUAAUAGGACAAGAUUAGUUUUUUUCCCUAGAAGAAUUUUAUUUUUUAAAAUACUGGAUCUUUUUUUACAUAGUGUCAAAAUAAAUUUGAAUUUGGAGAAUAUAAUUGUCUUACCUUUUCUCUUUCAUGAAAUAUCUGUAACUCUGGGGUUGUCUAUAUUCUGACACUAUUGUUAGAAAUUGCCGUAAUAAUUUUGCAAGUGAUACUUGUAAGAAGAGACCCAGUUUGUUUCUGUCAUAGCAUUCUCCACAUGUCACAUAUCCUAUGA